AACAAAGUGUCAUUACAUACAACUACAGACAAAGACAAGAGCUUUCUUCCCCCCCACCGUCCCUCCCUCUCUCCUCUCUUUCAUGCAUUUCUCUCGCCCUGAGAGAGGAGAGAACUCUCAAACAUACAAACGAAGCUCUUCCCCUACUCUAAGCUUCAAUUUCUCAAUGAAAAAGCUGGAUCAAAUCUCAAAACAACAUACACUUAUUACGUAAUACAACUACAGACUCCAUCCCUCCUAAUUAACAUUUCCUCUUCUAUUUUACAGUUUAAAAGCUUUAAACUUCCAAACCAAACCAAGCCAACAGAAAUAGGCAAUAACUGAUAUAAGCAUAGGAUUUUUAUUAGCUUAUUGGCUUGGUGGUGGCCGAUAGCCUGAUACUGGUUUUAGCAAGCCCCAUGAAGAGCAACAGCGGUGUGGGUUCUGAUAGGAUGAUCAGCCAUGGCCUCAAAAAGGGCCCAUGGACCGCUGCGGAGGACGCCAUCUUGAUGGAGUACGUGAAGAAGCAAGGAGAAGGGAAUUGGAAUGCUGUGCAGAAGAAUUCCGGGUUGAUGAGGUGUGGGAAGAGUUGCAGGUUGAGGUGGGCUAAUCAUUUGAGGCCUAAUCUCAAGAAAGGUUCCUUUUCUCCUGAAGAAGAGAGGAUCAUCAUCGAACUUCACGCUAAACUUGGCAACAAAUGGGCUCGUAUGGCCGCCCAGUUGCCCGGUAGAACUGACAAUGAGAUCAAGAAUUACUGGAAUACGAGAAUGAAGAGACGCCAAAGAGCAGGGCUGCCCAUUUACCCUCAAGAAGUAGGAGAUGAUGUCGCUGGGAUUCUUCUCCAACAGCAGCAAGAACAAGAACAGAAAAUUCAACAAUAUCAAGGGCGAAAGCGACCUAACUCUUCUUCAUUAUCAUCUUUCCUUUCCUCUUCUCAGGGUAGAAAGCACGAUUAUAUUUCAUCUUUCUCCUUCUUAGAGUCCAUGAAUCUCUCAUCAGCUGGACAGAAUCAAGCCAUCUCUUCAUGUUACUCCAACCUCAGCCACCAGUUCAAGCUCUAUCAUAACACUGGCAAUAACAUUGGUUUUGCUCUUCCUCUAUCCCCGAAUUCUCCAUUUCUACCCUCAUCCUCAGAUUUGUGUAACGAAAACAUAACUGCCCAAUUGUCAGCACCAUCAUUCCAGUUCAUCGAUUCCGGAGGUCUUGACAACACUUUAAGCUUCAGUUCGUUGCUAAUGGGAGCUCAAACUGAGCCAAUCGACUUUGUUCCAGGAUUGAAAGCAGACCUUGGUUCAUCCCAAACACCACCACGACCAACAACUCCUGCUUCUUCUUAUACAAGCAGUGGUCGUGUUUGUCUGGUUGCACCUUCAGGCAACAGAAACAAUUACUGUGAACUCAAGGGCAGUAGUGGCUUGUUGGAUGCUCUCUUGGUGGAGUCUCGAUCUUUGUCUCGCAAUGAGAGAAACAAAAAUGGUGAAGAAUUUCCACUCGUGAUUGAUAAAGAGAAAGGCGUUAUGGAUGCAGCUAAUGCGGAGAACGAGGAAGAGGAAGUUGACGCCAAUAAGUGCGUUGUUGAAACCCACCGCGAUAACUUUAGCUCCUGUCCAUCGUCAAUAGGGCUGAAACCAGGAGAUGAAAGCAUAGAAGAGAUGAAUGCCAUGGACGAUGACUUGCACAGCUUACUCAACAAUUUCCCCUCAUCGACGCCACUACCGGAGUGGUACACCAAGAGCACUCGUAUAUCUAAUAACGGGUCACCGUCUGGUAAUAUGGUGCUGGACGCUCAGCAAAACGUUUCACCAGCCGCCGCUACAACGGCUGACCUUGAUUGGUCCUUGGGUUCUUGCAGUUGGAAAAAUAUGCCUGGCAUUUGCUAAAUUAAUCCAUUGGAUUACUAAUUAGCAAGGAAAUAUAUAUGGGACUAUCAGUUAUACUUAAAAGGACUAGAAAGUUAAUUAAUUAGCGCCGGUGUUGAAUGUUGAUUGAUGUAGUUAGGCCAUGCUAGCUAGUUUCUGACAAUAUGAUCUUAAUCAGUCUUUUUUUGUGGUUGAAUUCCUGCUUCCUAUACAUAGUAGCUAUUCGGGUGUGGCUAAUGCAGGUGGUGUACUGUCAGGUUUAGCCCUUUAAAAACGUAAU